GUGUGUACGCCAGCGUUUGCAUGUGUUCGAUGUGUGGAAAAAUCAAUACGAGUCGUGGACCGUGGAAAUCGUGGAAAAGUAGCAAGCGAGUUUUUUCCAGCAAAAUAAGCCCAAUUUUCGGUGAUAUCGCACCCGGAACGCCGUGAAAAGUGAUUCGGAACCACCGUUCGGUAGCGUUUGUUGUUGAUGUCGGCCGUUCGUGGACGGGAUCUAUUUUUGUAAACUUCACGCAGCAAAUUAAACCAUACCAAAGAUGAGUUUGACCAUAAACGCGGUGGACGCGAUGGAGUAUAUCGAUGACGACAACAUCACCGGCGCAUCGGACGAUGACGAUGACGACAAUCCGAGCAGUCCGGGCAGUGCGUACGAUGACGGGAACCUCAUCAACGUUGCCAUGGAGAACGAAGUCACAGCACAGCUGGUGGCCGCCGGUGUCGUCGGUGUGGCUGCCGCCGCCGCCAUCACAUCGUCUAAGAAGAAAAAGAGGCCCCACUCGUUCGAAACGAACCCUUCCAUCCGCAAGCGGCAGCAGAACCGGCUGUUGCGAAAGUUACGACAAACCAUUUUCGAGUACGCUACGCGUGUCGGACAGCAGGCGGUCGUGCUGGUCGCAACGCCCGGCAAACCCAACAACAUCUACAAAGUGUUCGGCGCGAAACCGCUGGAGGACGUGCUGAAGAAUCUGCGCAGCAACGUGAUGGACAAGCUGGACGAGGCACUGGCCGCACAGGCACCACCGCGCGUGCAGGACGAUCCCUCGCUGUUCGAGCUGCCGCCGCUCAUCAUCGACGGUAUACCGACGCCGGUGGAGAAGAUGACCCAGGCACAGCUGCGCGCGUUCAUCCCGCUGAUGCUGAAGUAUUCGACCGGGCGUGGAAAGCCGGGCUGGGGCAGAGACUCGACCCGGCCACCCUGGUGGCCAAAGGAGCUGCCCUGGGCCAACGUCCGCAUGGAUGCGCGCACUGAGGACGAAAAGCAAAAGGUAAGCAAGAUAAGUUGGACACAUGCACUGAGAAAAAUUGUCAUAAAUUGUUACAAAUACCACGGCAGAGAAGAUCUGCUGCCCGCGUUCAGUGAAGAGGACGAGAAAGCGAACGCCAUAGCAACGGCUAGCUCGAACGUCGAUGUGAUGAAGAUCGAAAAUGGCAGCGUGGUAACGGUGGGUCCGGCAAGCGGCGGCAAUACAGCCACGGCCACCAUCACGAACGGUGCCGGCGGCCAGCAGCAGAUCAUCAUCCAUCAGGCCCAUCCGCAGCAGCAACAGCAGGUCCAAUCGAAUGGCCAGACCACGAUUACCAGCACGAACGGUCAGAUCAUUAAGGAGAACGCGGACGGCACGAUCCAGAUACAGCAGCAGGCUUCACCCACGCAGACCCUGAACGCGCAGGUUUGCUUAGACUCGAUGGCUCUAAGCGAUGUGGAUUUCACACAUACCGUAUUGCAAACCAUACAGAACCCCGACGGUACCGUAUCACUUAUUCAGGUUGAUCCCAACAAUCCUAUCAUCACGUUACCCGACGGAACUACCGCACAAGUACAAGGAAUUGCCACCCUGCAGCAACAGGCUGACGGAGGCGUUCAUGCAAUCCAAACUAUAUCAGAUGGGCAGGGCGAAAGCAUGUCGGUUGAUCUAACGGAGGCGACCCUCGGUCAGGAUGGACAGCUAAUAAUCACCGGAGAGGAUGGGCAAGGUUACCCAGUGAACGUGAGUGGCAUGAUCACCGUGCCGGUGUCCGCACAGAUGUACCAGACGAUGGUGGCCAACAUACAGCAGGUGCCGAACGUGGACGGAACCGUGUGCAUAACACCGAUGCAGAUGUGUGAUUUAGUCGAAAACGGCGAAACGAUGGAAACGAUCACCGUGGGCCCCGGCAUGCAUCAGAUGAUGAUCCAAGGACCGCCCGGGUCGGAACCGCAAGUCCUGCAGGUGCUCAGCCUCAAGGAUGCAUCGGUGCUGACGAAAGCGAUGGCCGCCAUGUCCGACGUCAAGGGCGAGGAGGCCACCAUCAUCGAACACUAGGCAGCCCCCCGACAGGUGGGUGGUGCCCGGAACGGGCAUCAGAUCAGACGCGGCCCCCCGAUCGUGGUGGUCGUCGGUGUGUACGGUUGGUAAGAAGGGUUUUAGAAGUGUAAGCUACUAUCUACGAUCGCAUUGAGCAAAUUUAUUUAGUAUCAUAUUUCUACCCCCUCCCUCCUCCCCCUGCAAACUUGUAACAAGCUAAUAAGGUCAGAGAGAAAAUUCGUAUUUAUAUAUAUAUAGAGGUAUAUUUCUUAUACAAAGAGAAUAGCUUUGAAGCCAUGGAUGCGUCAGGCAAACUUCUAGUCGAUAAGCGCAGACCGCGGUUCCCCCUUCUCCCUACAAACAAACCAUCUCCCCCACACCCCUCCCCUUGUUUUCAUCCCUGCUCUCUAUCCUUCCGCAGGUGAACCGCGGGCAAGCUCUCUAGUCCGUACAACUUCUCUCUAAAUUAUAAACUGCUAGUCAAAAUUCGUGUCAUUUCAUGUUCAUGUCAUUGGAAGUUAGGUAACUUAUAAAGAUUAUGAUUAGUCCGAUUGUUUUACACACACAAAAAAAACCCUCCCGGUGGGUAAAACACACCCGUUCCGAAGACGAAUCUCCAGAGUCAUUCCACACACUGAUUGACUGUAAAUAAUGUGCAACAUUGGUAGGCCCAGCAGUAACAUCUGCACAGCCUGUGGCCUGUGCAAAAGCACUGUUGGGAAUGCCGAUCCAAUCAUUAGUCUUUAAUUGUACCUCCUAAGUAUCGUCAGUACUCAGCAAAACAGUAACAAUAAUUGCAUUUAGUAGCAGCAGCAGCAGCGAGGAAGAAUCCUUGUUUACUUCAGUGAAGUGGAGGAUCCAAGCCACGUGGUGAAUGGUGACCUCUUAGUCGAUGGGAUAGUACGCGCAAAUAGAAAGAGACAGAGAGAGAGAGAGAGAGAGAGGAAUAUGGUGGAUGCGAGGACAAAGCAAGCGAGUCGAUAUUUUAGUGCAAUUUAUUUUUGCGUUUCAUAGUGUGCGCGAACGAACGAAUUAAAUUAUAUGAAAGCCACCGCAUCCAACUCAGACAGAGAGAGAGAGCCGCCUCAGCUCCUACAAAGCUAGUCCCUAUAUUUAGUUUGUAUAUUAAGGUCCUAGUCCGGUUUUAAUCGACUUGUUUUCUUCACAAGUUGAACUGGCGCAUAUUGAUGCGAAUGGAAUAUUUAUCGAUUUAUUUAUUUAUUUAUUUAUUUAUUUAUUUAUUUAUUUAUUUAUAACCCUACAAUAAUAGCUAUCUUUAUUUAUGCAUUUUGCGCGGCGUAUUUAUCAUCAUAGAUUUUGUUGUCUAUUUAUUCGGUUUUGAUUUUCUUAUCAAUUCUCAUCAAAGUUAUUUUACGUAUUUGAAGCAAACAGAAAAGCAAAAUGAUCUGUAUCUUCCGGGUUGUUAUGCUCAGUCAAAAAACACCCCCCACAAAAACACAAUCUACAACACAAAGGAAAAGAAAGAGAAAGAGAAAGAUAAGAAAAAGGGAAACGUCUUUUAACGCAUAAAAUAAGUGUGAACAUACCAGCGGUUAAAUAAUAUGUGUUACAUCAGCACCCCCAGAAACUAUUUAAACCACUUUUUCUUUCGUUCUGUGUAUAAAGUAAAGAGACAAUGCAAAACAAGCAAAGACAAACGAAUGGCAUGUUUUAUUAGUGCAACUUGAAAAAACCUAAAAAACAAAAAAAGAAACAAUACAAACACACAAGAGGACAAAGACUGAAAUGCAUUCUAGGAGUCAUUGUAUAAAGGGAAAAAGGAACCAGAUAAGUUGCGAGUAAGAGAAGAAAAAACAAACACAACAAAAAACGGAACCAGGAGAACGAACAAGUUAAGCCGAAGCGAAUUCAAUGUCCCCCCCCCCCCUCCUCCCCUUCCCCUUACCCUCACCUAUCCAUCACCCCUCCCCCCCCCCCUUACCUGGUGUGCAGGGAAUAUCUGAUUGAAGUUUUGUUUUACAAUUACUGUGAUUUUUUCUUGCGUUUUCCACCAUUUUCCAAAAAGUUUUCCCGCUUGUACACACGAACACACACACACACACACAGACAUAUAUACAAACACUGUUCUCCUUCAAUUUCACCAGUCGCAGCACAGAGCAGCAACGAUUAUUUUACAACUGAGAAGCGAUAUUCGUACAACCUAUAUUUCGAUGUGAGUGUUGGAAGUCUUGUGUUGAAUGAGUUGAAUAACUAAUGAAUGUAAAAUAAACCAUGACUUUGAUGAAAACCCAAAACCAAAAAAUGGCGGUUGUUUUGUGAAC